AGAGGGUUGUGGCGGUCUGAGAUGGGUGAUAGGGUUAGUAGCAGCGCGUUGCUUGCCUUGCACAGUGGCCGGCCAUGUGUGGCAGAUGAGCUGUCAUGAGCGCGCGGCUGGUGCUCAACUCUAACACCAACUCCAUUGUCGUACUCAACUGGCUUCUACUCAUACACGUCAUGUGCCAAGGUGCAACAGAGAAGCCAAGGUUUGCUGAGCCGAUUCCGAAUGUGACAGUGGCCGUGGGUCGCGACGCCAUCCUUCCCUGUGUCGUCGCCAACUUGGGAACAUAUCAGGUGGCAUGGAUCCACAUAGACCGACAGAUGAUCCUGACGAUCCACCGACAGGUGGUGGCGCGGGUGCCUCGGUUCAGUGUGUCGCACGACAACCAGAAGACGUGGCAGCUGCAUGUCAGUGAUGUCCAGCAGGAGGACAGGGGCCACUACAUGUGCCAGGUCAACACCAACCCCAUGAUUAGCCAAAUCGGAUACCUGCAAGUAGUCGUGCCCCCCAAUAUAGUAGAUGACGAGAGUACGCCAUCCUCAGUAGCCGCUAGAGAAAACCAAAACCUCACCCUCCACUGCCAGGCAGCUGGCUUCCCUGACCCAAAGAUCAUCUGGAGGAGAGAAGAUGGUCAACCUAUUUUUCUGGAUCGACGGAAAAAAGUGAACGCCCUGGAAGGAGCGCAACUGACCCUGGCCAGAAUCAGUCGGACUGAGAUGGGAGCCUACCUGUGCAUAGCAACCAAUGGCGUCCCUCCCACUGUCAGCAAGAGGAUAACUCUUGACGUUGAAUUCGGGCCAAUGAUCUGGGUGCCGAACCAGCUGGUGGGUGCUCCGCCCGGGACAGAUGUGACGAUCGAUUGUCACACAGAGGCGUUCCCUCGCGCCAUCAACUUCUGGAUCCACGAGAACGUGAUCAUCCUACCGUCGGCCAAGUACUCGCUGGACUCGGCCGAAGCCAGUUACCGCAGCCACAUGAAACUCACCAUCAGGGACCUUCGGCCGACCGACUUCGGCAACUACCGCUGCAUUUCCAAGAACUCACUCGGCGAAACUGAGGGCUCCGUCCGGCUCUAUGAGAUUCCGAUGCCUUCAUCCCCUCCGAAACCGAUAAAGGUUAUCAGUGGAGCCAACAAGACAGGUGGUUUCUUAGCAGUUUGGUUAUCAGUGGUCCUACUACUUCUACUACAUUUAGAUUAUGUACAUUGUUCCUGAAUAAACAAGGAAGUGGAUUUCUCACAAAGACUUUUACAAUUCGAAUCCUUGCAUUGCAAUCCUAAGAACAAACGAAUGAGCCCAAUUUUAUGAAGUAUGUGGGAGUCUGCUCAAAACUCUGAGAAAGCAAACUUAAAUGGAUUAUGAUAUCAUUUUAUAUUGUUUGCAUUUGAUCCGAUUAUUUCCUAUUUCUUAAGUAUCUUGAUCUAGUUUGCAAAACGUGAAAUCUCAGUUCGAUUUCAAGCUCUAGAGAACGUGAUCAAGUGAUGGUUCCAUCAAGCUAUUUGUAAAUAUUAUGAUAUUGUAAAUACAGUAAUUGUAUGAUGCUUCAAGGACUGUUAAUAACAUUACUGUGAAUCCUUCCAAACCCAUCAUAACAGGUGAUAAUUUAUUAAUGAAACAUUGCUCCGCCACAAGAAGUGGGAGAAGUUAACUCAACAAAUCUGUUGUUGUACUCUAAUCACAAGCAACAUUUAUAGUCAGUCCUAUGCUUUUCCCUUCUAUACAUUGAAGCUUUAACUGAAAACAUGCAAUAGUUUGAUAACGCUUCAAUUUAGUUUGUUUCCAUGUAGUCUUGUAAAAUAAAGUCAAACGCUUUGUUUCAAUUUAAUUUGAAUAGGCUUGAAAUGAAAUAAUAUCAUCCAAAUUACCAUGAUGUGUUAUAUAGCCCAUUAAGAGUUCAAUAGCAAUGGAUGUUUGUGAAAACAAGAAAGCAAAACUUUCAGAAUUUUUGAACUUGAGCAAUGUAAAAUUUUCCCCCCAAAGCUGGAGCGCCUUCAGCUUUCUUUCUGGAAAUAGGUUUCCUCCGAUUCGUGACUCGUAUAUACUAAACAAAAGCUUUACAACUCCUUAAAAUAGUUCUGAGUUCAACCUCACAUGUAAUGUAUUGGAAUAAUUAUGUGCCAAAAAGUUAACAAUAUUCUUAUUAGUUACUGUUUCAAGCAUGCAUGUACAAUAUGUUUCAAAUACAAUGGAAAUUUAUUAAAUCCAAUCAAACACCAUAAAGACCCAUCAUCCUUAUCUUUAUUAUGUUUCAAUUGAAGUAUUUUAUCAUUGUACCUGUCAAUCAUUGACUCAAAAAUUGGAUUGAUAUCAAAUAAGAUUUUCAAAUCUACGAUUGAAAUUAUCAUCAAGAAAACACAAGUCGUCCAAAUCAUUCAACUUGAAGUAGAGUUACCUUUAUCUCAUAACAUUUGUACAUACUCGUGAGAUUGAGAAUCUGUGACGUUUAAUUUUCAUGUCUCAUUGUGUAUAGGUUGUUUAGGAAUUAUGCUAAUUAAAUGAAUAAAUUCAUAUGUUAACCAUAGAAUGA